UAAAAAAUGGCAGAGGAACGAUAUAAGUGUCCUGAAUGUAGGUGCGAAUGCCCUAAAUGCUCUGAAUGUAGGGCAAAAUGUCCUAAAUGUAAGUGUAAUGUACCUCCAACUACGUAUUCUGAAUGCAAUUGUGAGUGCAUUGAAUGUAAGAAUGAUUACGACCAGGGUUCCGAAGCUGGUCUAGGUACAAAUUUAAGACAAAUGGCAAGAUUUGCUCUAUUUUCAACAUUAGCUGGUUCAUCAUUGGUAUUUUUGGAUUCACAACAGGCCGGAAGUUUUGAAAAAAGUGCUACAAAUAAAUUCCUGAAGGAUACAGGUCUAAAUAAACUGAGAGCUGUAUUAAAAAUACCCUAUGUAAUGAAUCAAGGUGGAAGACUUAUACACAGAGCAACUUCUAUUUCAUUAAAAUCUGUAAUGAGAUUUCUCACGCCAUAUAUCAAAUUCUUUUUCAAUGAUAUCUUUGUAAUUUUGAAAAGUGCAUUGUAUGAUAUUGCCACCUUUGUAUCGAAAAAUCCCACCGUUGUAUCAUUGGCGUUAGUUACAGUAAUUGCUGCUUUAGUUAUUCAAGCAUUAUUAAUUAUAUUUCCAGCGGUUGGAAAUGCUGUAGCAGGUGGAAUAAACGCAUUAGCACGUCUUUUUAAAAACGAGGAAGAACCGUCGUUAGUAAAAACAAAAAAAGUGAAAAAUCGAUAA